GUCAGUCAAAGGACAUUUAAAUGGCUACACUGUGCAGAACUGUACAGUCGCUCGCGCUGUCAUGAAAUAACUUCAUUCUUUUUUCACUCCCGUUCAUUUAAUAGCGGUUUGCUUUCCUGCAUUUCUUAUAUUGCAAACAAAGAUUUAAAUCACUCGUAUAUAAACAUCUACGCACGAAAAGCCCCCAAAAAUGAGCGAGGAGGAAGAUACACUGGUGAAAACUAGGCAUGCAUUUGAAGAUCUGUGUCGAGCUCUGAAUAUGGAUGAAGAGUCGAGUAACAGGGCAUGGAGGAGUUAUGAAAAUAUCAGCAAAAAUUACACUCUGGAGGGUAGUGACCUGCACUGGUUGGCGUGUGCUCUGUAUGUGGCCUGCAGGUCUUCAGUGCCCACUAUAGGUAAAGGCACAACGGAGGGCAACUACGUCUCUCUGACCAGGAUACUGCGCUCAUCACAACAGAGUCUGAUCGAGUUUUUCAAUAAAAUGAAGAAAUGGCAGGAUAUGGCCAACCUGCCCAUUGAGUUCCAGCAGAGCACAGAAAAACUGGAGAGGAACUUCACCGUCACAUCUGUCAUCUUUAAGAAAUAUGUUCCCUUAUUCAAAGACAUCUUCAAGGCGCCCACUGAUGAAUUACCCAGAACACACAGAGGCAGGAAACAGAGACGGCAUCCCUGCACCGUCACUGAGGUGUUCAAUUUCUGCUGGAUCCUGUUCAUACAUGCCAAAGGAAACUUCCCAAUGAUCAGUGAUGAUCUGGUGAACUCGUAUCAUCUGCUCCUGUGUGCUCUGGAUCUGGUUUACUGCAACGCACUUCUGUGCUCUACUCGUAAAGAUCUGCUCAACCCAGCCUUUAAAGGGUUGCCUGAGGACUUCAACAGUAAAGAUUAUAAGCCAGGCCCAGGCUCAUUAUGUUUCAUAGAGCAGCUGUGUGAGCUUCAUGAUGGUCUGGUGCUGGAGGCCAAAGGAGCAAAGGAGCAUUUCUGGAAACCCUUCAUCAAGAAACUCUUUGAGCGCAAGGUUUUAAAGGGAAAAGAAGACACGCUGACAGGAUUUUUGGAGCCGGUGAAUUUUGGUGACAGUCUAGCUUCUCUGAACCGUGUGUACGAGGAACAUGUGUUAUCAUCUGGUUCUCUGGAUGAGAGAAUAUUUCUGGGAGAAGCAGCCAGAGAAGACAUUGGUACCCCAGGACCUUGUUUCUAUGAAGGGAUAGAGAACCAGGAACAACCGACCAACCCCCUCCAGAACUCAAUGACAGCGUCUGCUCUGAAAGUGUGUACUCCUUUGACAGGAAGGAGGUACGUCCCGGAGAGCAGCGUGGGUACCCCCGUUUCCAUGGCGAUGCAGAGUGUGGGCCGUCUGCACACGCUGCUGACAGGAUUCAAAUACAGACCCAGCAUGAGACUCAGAGACAUAUUCAGAUCUUGUCUAAGAGACCCCAGUGAGUCCAUAGCAGCAAGGCUGAAGGACAUGUCAGAGAUUUUUCUUCAGAAUUAUGAGGGAACAGGAGAGGAGAACAAGAACCUGGCAAGAGAUGUUGCAGUGAAGUAUUUUUGCUUGGCUGAGGCACUUUAUUACAAAUCACUGGAAGUGAUCAUCAACCAGGAGAAGAAAAGGCUUGGAGACGUGGACCUGUCUGGCAUUCUAGAGCAGGACGUAUUCCAUCGGUCACUGAUUGCCUGCUGUCUGGAAAUCGUCAUCUUCUCAUAUAGACCACCCGGAGAGUUUCCCAGAGUCCUGAAAAUCUUUGACCUCCCUGCUUAUCACUUUUACAAGGUGAUUGAGGUGUUGGUACGGGCGGAGGAGGGUCUUUUCCGGGAGGUAGUCAAACAUCUGAACCAUGUUGAGGAGCAGGUAUUGGAAUCCUUGGCAUGGAAAGGAAACUCCCCGCUGUGGGAGAGCAUCCGAGAGGCCAAGAACUGCGUUCCAGCCUGCCAGGAGGUAAUGCCUCCUCAACACCUGGAAGACGGUUCAGUAAACAACACACACACUCCCAACAAAAGUGAGUUCAGCAGUAAUAUCGCAGGAGCAGGAAAAGGAGUUUCUCCAUCCCCUACAUCUCUCCAUGACCGCUAUAGCUCGCCCCCUACUGGCACGGCCUGUCGUCGCCUCUUUGUCGAUGGAGAAACAACCUCUGAGCCUGCUCAACCUGUCAAAAUGGCCCAACCGUCUCUGGUCAGCCCCAUCCCAGCCGGACAGACUGUGGUCACCAUGGCAACAGCUACUGUCACAGCAAACAACGGCCAGACUGUCACCAUACCCGUUCAAGGAAUAGCAAAUGAGAGUGGUGGCAUCACAUUUAUCCCGGUGCAGGUGAGCGUGACGGGUCAGAGUGGGGGGGCUCUGCCAACCCUCAGUGCCCAGGCUCUGACGGGCACCCUGACCGCCCAUCAGCUGACGGCAACGGCCACAGGCACAGUCCAGAACAACCCCAGCCCUGCCAAACAGGACAAGAAGAACCCUCAGCAGGGAACACCCACCAAACGAGCACAAAAGACCGGCUCUCUCUGCCUGUUCUUCCGCAAGGUAUAUCACCUCGCUAGUGUGCGUCUCAGAGACUUGUGUGCUAAACUGGACAUUAGCGCAGAUCUGCGCAGGAAGAUCUGGACAUGUUUUGAGUACUCACUAGUGCACUGCACUGACCUGAUGAUGGACCGACAUCUGGACCAGCUCCUCAUGUGUGCCGUUUACGUCAUGACUAAGGUGACGAAAGAGGACAAGUCCUUUCAGAACAUCAUGAAGUGCUACAGAUCUCAACCUCAGGCCAGCAGCAGUGUGUACAGGAGUGUGUUGAUCUCUGGGAGAAGGAGACGCCACUCAGGAAACAGUGAAAACACCCACAGACAAUGCUCACCCACCGAAGGAGGACAAGAACAAGCCAGCGGUGAGAGCAGUCCCGUGUCCAUGCGCUCCAGCAGUACUCUGCCCAUUCCCCAGCCCAGCAGCGCCCCCUCCACCCCGACCCGGGCCCCUGGGGGCCCCCAAGAGCAGGAGGAGGAGAGGGGAGACCUCAUCCGUUUCUACAACCACGUCUACAUCAAACAGAUCAAACCAUUUGCUCUGCGUUACUCCAGCAAUUCACCGAAAAAUGGGGCUGAAGCUCCUCCCCUUUGUCCAUAUCCGUCACUCCGCAUUGGCUCUCCACGCCGAGUCCUCCUGUCCCACAAUCACUCCAUCUACAUCUCUCCACACAAGACCGGCAGCCCAAUUUCUCCACGAGACAAGAUCUUCUACUACGUCAGCUCCAGCCCAUCUAACCGCCUGAGAGAGAUCAACGUCAUGAUCCGUACGGGCGAGACGCCCACUAAGAAGCGAAGUAUCGCCCUGGAAGAAGAGCAGCAGUCUCCCGCCAAAAGACUCUGCCAGGAGAACCAGACGGCCCUGCUCAGACGCCUACAGGACGUGGCCAACGACCGCAGCUCCUCCCACUGAUGUGUCCACAACACCCGAAAGACAAAGCCACCCCAAAAUACAUUGAUUCAUUUACCCAAAGCCAAUCAAACAUGCUAUUUAUAUUUAAAGGAAUAGUUCACACCAAAAAACAAACAAACAAAAUCGCUCAUUAUUCUGUUUCUUAAUCUUAAUUCCCGUGACUUAUUAAUUCAUGCUCACUUUCUAUUAAUUCAUUCCCUCGUUUGAGGUAAAUCAUGGCCAUGUUGUACCUAUUUGUUCCCUUGUUUUAAUUUAAAAGCUAAAAAAUGGCCACAAUUUAACUAAAACGAGGGGGCAAAUUAGUACAACAUGGCCACGAUUUACCUAAAAUGAGGAAAUUAAUUAAGAAUUUGUUCCCAUUAAUUCAUCACCAAGUUCUGCUAAUUAGUUCCCUCAUUUUGGGUAAAUCACGGCCAUGUUGUACUAAUUUGUUCCCUCGUUUUAAUGAUAACUACGAUAUGGGUUAUGUGCAAUAAUCUUCCAUAUUCUGUAAAGCAGGUCACAUCACUUCCGGUUCAGGUCUUCAUUAAAUAUAACGCUGUUUUACUCAAGACGCCUUCAAAGGAUCGAGCAUAACCGAUGUCCAUCGCAUAUGCACAUUGAUAUCUAAAAGUUUUUUAUUUUUCUUCUUCUCGCUCAUAUGAUGCUUUUUAAUGUUUUCCUUUUCCUUUAGUGUGUGAUGUAUCUGUUUGUGCAUGUAUACAAUCUACAAAGCUCAUAGUGUCCCACAAAGUGAUUUAUUCUAGAGAACGCUGAUCUAGACCUGCCUAAAACGAUACAAGUCCAGAUAUUACUUCCUCAAACGUCAACGUCACAAUGUGAAAUAAUAGCAUAACGCCUGCCCUAAGGCAUAACCAUAGAAAGAAGAUGAAGCUUCAGUAAAUUAUAGUGUUGUCGCCAUGUCGCUGUGUGUUUGGAUGCAAAAACAAAACCGCUUUUUUAUUCAUGCCAGGCCAGUAGGUGGCGAUGUCACUUUGUAAAGAAACACUACGUGCCUGUAGACUGAACAGGUAAUACGCGUGAACAUUUGUUUUCACAAAUUAACGUUUUUUUUUACAUGAAGAUAAUAACGGUAUUGUUUUCAAAAACUUGCAGUUUGAAUCACGUUUUCAAAAGUUUGCAUUUUCAGGCCCCCAAAACGUAAAUGAAUGGCCAAAAUGCAUUCCGAUCGAUCGGCUUGAUCAUCCGCGUUUUCAGAAUCCGACUCAGGCUUGAACUGAUACGGUAAUACUGAUGAAAUUAUUGUGUGUUUACAGUUGCUUUAGAAGGUAAGGGCUGUUACAUUUCCGACACACAGGCUUGAGGUAUUUGUCCAUUCACAAGUUAAUGCACUGGCCAAUCAGAGCACUCUGAGCUUUUCGGAAGGAGGGGCUUUGUAGAAACCAGAGCGUUCAGACAGACUGGGAAUAGAGGAGCUGCUAUAAUGUACAGCAUGUGAAAAAUAACAUGUUUUUGAACAUUAAAGCAUGUUAAAUUAUUCUAUUACACCCUAUAAAAAAAUUAUGAACUUUUAAAAUAGUAUGAUAUGACCCCUUUAAAACUGAAUAAAACACCAACAACAAUGAUAAAAAUAACUAAACAGGUUAGCUGAUGACUUUAAAGUCCAUAGAUAGCCGUCCUGUCUUCCUGUUGGUUCAUGUGACGUUCGACAUGAAGCCUAUUUACCUUAAAAUGAGGGAAUGACUGAAUUAAUAAUAAUAAUUCACAGCCACGUUUUGUUGUUUUCCCUCCACAUGUCAUGUGUGAGGCUUCUUACUAUCCUUUGGAAAACAGCUGUUUGAAGAUUUGUCAAAAUAUUAGUAAAAAAACAUAUAUUUUCGGUGAAAUAUUCCUUUAAAGCCAUUUUUCAUCAACAAAUUGGCUAAAAAAAGAAAAGAUCACCAUCUAAUUAAUCACAAUAAAAAAUGAUCAGCCACAACAAAGUCCCUUUAAAAAAAAGUCUGUUCACUCGGCGGCCAUAUUUGCAACGCCUCCGGGCAGCUAUUUCGGGCAUCCAAGACCAAGUCCUAUCUAUUUGAAUGGGGGUAUCCUGAAAUCUCAACAACUCCCAAUUAAAUUACAUAUUUCAAAUCAGCAACAAAAUCUGACAUUAACCAUCUCAUAAAUGUUGUUUCUUGUGCUAAAAUAGCAUUAAAAAAGCAUUUAAAAAUUUUCAGGCUAGACGAGCCAAUGCGCAUGUGCAGUCCUAUGGGCGAGUCUCAGGUUUCUAUGGGAACCGGAGCUUCUAACGGCAGCUGCAGUGACGCAAUGAAUUUAUCAAUCAGCGAUUGGCUCUUUUUCUUAAAAGGCGGGACGUAUUCCAUCAUAUAGAGUGGUGCAGGUAUUACGUCACUUUGUAGGCCAACCCGGAAGUUAGCGGCGCACGGGUUCCCUCGAUCGAAAGCCUAUGCAUUUUUCCCAUAGACUUUUGGAAAAUCGCAAAAAAUAAGCUCUGUGUUUAACAAAGGGUUAUGAUACUUGCACGUUUUGUCCAUCAAGAUAAUUUUCGCAGAUGAACAUAACUUUUAUGAGGUUUGAAGCCUAAAUGCAGUGGCCAGAAGUAAAAAGCUAAAGGUAGGCUAUAAACGAACUACACCACGGUUGCUCGACUUCAGCGUCACCAUCGCUAAGCUUCCGACAACUCUUUCAGUUUUUAUCUAAAAACAUUUUCCCAGAAUGUUUGAGUUAGAAUAGUUUAUAAGCAUAUUAUGAGCAUAAUGAGGCUGUAAAAGCAGACUGAGCUUACCUUCUCAGAGUGAUGACGAUUAAUGUCCCCGACUGCCUGUGUAGUCCCAUUUAGCCACUUGUUAGCAACCGCCUUUUUCAAGACACUUAACAGCUUAAAAAAAAUCACAAGUGGGCUGAUGCAUUUUAUGUCAUAGAAUAAAACGUGAAACUGUCUUGAGCUUGCAUUCACCACAGACCUUAUUUCAGCCAUUUAACCAAAAUCCCAUUCAAAAAACCCAUUGACUUCGGGGCGAUGGAACCGGAAGUGCUAAAAUGCUAACUCACUUCCGCAUUUUGGCCUACAAACUGAUGUCAUAUCUGCACCACACUCUAUUGCGCGUUGCAGUUUCUUCCAUUCAUAAACUGAACGUCUGGCCACAAUCAACCAAUGACAUUCAGCUCAGAUAUUUUUGAAGCUAAAAGAGUAUUUUAUAGACCUAGACUUUGCUUAAAAUGCUCGGAUGUGUCAUAAGACUGAAGGAGAUUUGAAGCACUUAACAACAGAUUUGUUUGCAAAUCUUGCUCUGUGUUUACCGUGCGUGUUUUAUAAAGAGUUAUUUUUCAUAAAGAGUUUUAUAAUGUAUAGUGUCAAGAGAUGUAUGUGCACUCUAUGUGUCUGUGGAUUUACUGUCUUGUUUGUUUGUACUGCUGGUUUAUAUAUUUAUGCUAUUUUUCUAACUUUAGACGAAUAACAUCAGGUAACAAUCGUGUUAAUAGUAGAUGGCGAGUGCUUGACGUCGUAUUUAUUUUGUUCUCUGCAUGUAUUAGAUGUGUUAGAAACUUAUUUCCUUUUCAGUUCGGAAAGGAUUUUUUUGUAGUUUAUGCUUGUAAACGUAAGAAAAUGUUUCCUUCCUACAUUUCUGAAAAAAAAAAAAAAAAUGAUGUGUGUUUGUUGUAAGUGCCUUUUCUCCUGAACCUUUUGCCUUUCCUGAUAAUCUCUGUGCUUUACUCUAUCACAGCAGCCCAGCAUUAAAUUAUGAUCCAACAUUAAUAAAAUAAUAAUAAAAAAGA